CAUCAUUAGCUGCUGUUCAUCUCCCUUAUAUAGCCCUGACCUGGGGCAUAAAUUUAUCUGAAAAUCCCUAAGAGGGACAGAACCGACCUCAGAAAGACCACCCAGCUAGACAAGACACUGUAGAACUGCUGCCUAAUUCACAGCAACCAUGAGUUAUAAUGCUGAUGAGGAUCAGAUCAAGGAUAAGCUGCAACAGUUGAGAUGUCACUUUACAUGGGAGUUGAUCAUUGAAGAGACAGAAAUACCAGAUUUAGAAAACAGGGUCUUGGAGGAGAUUAUGUUCCUGGACAUCAAAUACAACGUGGGAAUAUACAACUUACUGGCCUAUGUGAAGCACCUGAAAGGCCAGAAUGAAGAAGCCCUGAAGAGUUUACAAAAAGCUAAAGACUUAACCCAGCCAGAACAGGCCAACCAAUCAGAAGUGAGAAGUCUGGUUACCUGGGGCAACUAUGCCUGGCUGUAUUACCAUAUGGGCCAACAGGCAAAAGCCCAGAUUUACCUGGACAAGGUGAAGAACACUUGCAGGAACCUUGGGAAGUCUUCCAGCUAUAGAAUGGAGUGUCCUCAGAUGGACUGUGAGGAAGGAUGGGCCUUGCUGAAAUGCGGAGGAAAGAAUUAUGAACAGGCCAAAGUCUGCUUUGAAAAGGCUCUGGAAGAGGACCCUGAAAACCCUGAAUUCAUCACUGGGUAUGCGAUCGUCAUCUAUCGCCUGGAGGGCUUUAACAAAGGACCACAGAGUGGUACGGAAUUUUGUCUGAACCUCCUGAAACAGGCUGUCAGGCUAAAUCCAAACGACGCGUACAUUAAGGCUCUUCUCGGCCUGAAGCUUCAAGAUGUAGAGCAAGAAGCUGAAGGAGAAAAGUACAUCAAAGAAGCACUGACCAAUGAGUCCUCUAAGAUUUAUGUCUUUCGGUAUGCUGCCAAGUUUUACCGAAGAAAAGGCGUUCUGGAUGAAGCUCUUCGGCUCUCAAAAUUGGCCUUGGCGGAAACCCCCUUCUCUGCUUUCCAGCAUCACCAGAUAGGGCUUUGCUACAAGUCACAAAUAAUCCAAAUAAAGAAAACUACAAACUGUCAGCCUAAAGGACAGGAUAAAGAAAACAUCAACAGAAUGGUAUUAUUAGCCUUACAACAUUUCAAACGUGCUGUGCAACUAAAGCCCACAUUUGAGUACGCUUACACAAGCCUGGCAGAAAUGUACGCAGAAGCGGGUGAGCACAGAAAAGCUGAUGAUACUUUUCAAAAAGCGUUCUGCUUGAAAUCACUCAACAAAGAUAUGCUGCAACACAUACAUGUCCACUACGGCCGAUUUCUGGAACUUCACAAAAAAUCUGAAGUUGAUGCAAUUAGCCAUUAUUUAAAAGCAAUAAAAAUAGAAAGCACAUCCAUAGAUAGGGAUAAAAGCAUCAAUUAUUUGACAAAAUUGGCUUCAAAGAAACUCCGGAAAAAUCCAUCAGAUAUAGAAAGCUUGAGUAUCCUUGGGUUAAUCCACAAAGUAAAAGGAGAAAUGAAUGAAGCCCUGGAGUAUUAUGAGAGGGCCCUGAGGCUGGCUCCUGACUUGGAGAACUCUGCUGUGACCCCCAGGCACUGAAAUAUGGGCUGCUGUCCCAAUAUACUAACCAUCUUUUCUGCUUGUGACUUUCAGAAACACAUUAUGUAACUCACCACAGUGAUGUAAUCUUUGAACAGUUACUCAAACCUGAUAAAACAUUAGCUGUAUUCAGAAAAUAGUCAAACAGCCUUCAAGAGUGGUUGUGAGAUGGCAACUAUGGAACCAGAAACCACCCCUAUUCCCAAUCCCCUGCCUACAGAAGAAGAGAAAACAGAAUCUAAUCAGGAGGUUGCUAACCCAGAACACUGCAUUAAAUAAACAACCUUUACAGAACAGAUGGGCACUCUGGUUUUUUAAAGAUGAUAAAAGCAAAACCUUUGAUUUAUCUCUAAGUUCGACACUGUUGAGAACUUUUGGGCUCUGUACAACCAUAUCCAGUUAUCUAGUAAUUUAAUGUCUGGCUGUGACUACUCACUUUUUAAGGAUGGUGUUGAGCCUAUGUGAGAAGAUGAGAAAAACAAACGAGGAGGACAAUGGCUAAUUAUACUGAACAAACAGCAGAGAUGAAGUGACCUCGAUGUUUUUUGGCUAGAGAUACUGCUGUGACUUAUUGGCGAAUCUUUUGAUGACUACAAUGAUGAUGUAUGUGGAGCUGUUGUUAAUGUUAGAGCUAAAGGUGACAAGACAAGGACACGAGCUUGAGUAAACUCUGCAAGUUGGUGAUGGACAGGGAGGCCUGGUGUGCCGCAGUCCAUGGUGUUGCAAAGAGUCGGACAUGACUAAGCAACUGAACUGAACUGAAAGGUGAUGAAAUAGCAAUAUGGACUACUGAAUGUGAACACAGCGAAACUGUUACACAUAUAGGGAGGGUAUACAAGGAAGAGUUAGGACUUCCUCCAAAGAUAGUGACUGGUUAUCAGUCCCAUGCAGACACAGCUACUAAGAGCAGCUCCACCACUAAAAACAGGUCUGUUGUUUCCCAUAGGCAACUGCCUCAAGCAAUCAAGAUUUGGGAGCUGAAGGAAAGCCUCUUCAAAAGCAGGAUGGACUGCAUUUAAAUUUGAGUUCCUUCUAAAUGUUGCUAAGAUAUAAGGAAGUUUCAUUAGCCUUUGUCUUAUACUUCUGUAUUCAUAUAUAUAUAUAUAUUUUUUUUUUAGCUAGAGUGUCCAUUAUCCCAAUCAAAGUAUUACAGUACACAUCAUAUCAUCCCCAGAAUCCAUAAAUGUGCUCCUGGCCCACUCUAUAAAAUAGAAUUAACCAUUACAAAAACAUUUGACCCAUCUACAGCAUUAAAAAAAAGAACUUGCAUUUCUAUACCUUACAAGAGAAGGAUUUUGUUUCCAUUCCAUUGUAUGAAGGAGCGUAUUUUACUGGUUUGAAAGAGUAUGAUGCAUAGCUUUCUGGCAAUUUUGUUUCUUUUCACAGCAUUCUCUGUGCUGUACUCUUGCUGAUGGCUGCUAGAUUUUAUUUGUUUCCCUGUUUGAUAACAUUAGUGACUCUGAUUUCAGUUUUUCACGUGUUUUGCUUUAGUUUUUCUUUCUCAUGUAACAUUGGUGAAGAAUCUAGGAAUAUGACAUAAAGGUAGAAUAAACAUUAAUUUUGUGCCUUUUUUGGUAAUUUUUUUUCGUAACUACAAUGCUUUGCUACAAAUUUAUGCUUUUCAUUCAAAUCACUGAUCUAUGUUUGUGUGAUUUCCUAAACUUAGUUGUGUAUUAUAAAAAAUGUAGUACCAUAAUUACAUUCCUAAUUAGAAUUAGUAUGUCCGUCUUUGUAUCUUUAUGCUGUACUUUAACACUUUGUAUUACUUAGGUUAUUUUGCUUUGGUUAAAAAAUUGGCUCAAGGAGAAAAGCGAUCCCACUCAUUAAAACUGUAAAUAAAAUGUG